UUAUUCUGGGGCCCAUUAAGCUUUCUUACAGCUUAUGGAAUUUACGAAAACUUGCCAUUCCGUUAUAUUUUACAAAUAAUAGUAUCUUUAGGACAACUCUAUGGACUAGUUUUAUACUAUUUAACCGAAUUAAUGGAGGGAGCAUCACAUUGUAGACCCGAAGGAUAUUAUUUUUGGGUUUAUUUCUUUGGAGCUAAUUUUAUAUGGGCCAUUGCUGCUACAACCUUGAUUUGGCAAGGUUGGUUUCAAAUAGUUAAUUCUGCCAAGGAUGAGAUUAAAAGGAAGAGUAAGAAAUCUACUUAA